UCAUUCAUUAUUUUAAUACGUAAGUUAUCGCACGUGGCGCUGUCUAAUACUAACAUAACCUAUAAACGCUAAAUGUGAUCACAUGUGACGCAGAAAACAUUCGUAAAUGUGACAUACGUUGCCCAUACCUGUAAUUUUUAUUAGAAACUAUAAAGAUGACAUUAAAAAAUUUUCCCAGGGGAGGAAAAAAGGUUCAAGAGAAGAAACCAUCAACUUCGAUACGAAAAAAAUAUGAAAAGGUUAAAAAAAGGAAACAAGAAAGGGGAAGCGUUAGAAAAAAUGAUGGGGAGGAAGAAAAUUUUGUUGCUAAUACUGCAGAACGUUUAUCAUAUACAACGAUAUGUGAAGGAUUAGUAGUGUUAGGGCGUAUCUUUGAAAUAACAGAAUAUGAUUUACUUAUAUCUAUACCUGGUGGUUUGAUAGGUCGUGCUCAAGUUACAGACAUUAGCGAAUCAUACACAAAUUUAUUGCAAAGUUUAAUUAAAUGUAAGGAUGAUCAGCCAAGUGAAUUUAAACCAUUAUCCGAAUUAUAUUCUUGUGGAGAUCAAGUUGUGUGCUACAUAAAAAGUAUACAACCUCAAGAAAAGUGGCAAAUUAUGUUAUCACUUGAACCUAAAUUAAUAAAUCAAAAUUUGAAUAUCGACUACUUGAGUAAUGGCAUGAAAGUGAUAUGUACUGUUAGCAGUAUAGAGGACCAUGGUUGUAUCGUAGAUAUAGGUUUAACAAAUGUAAGGGGAUUUGUACCUUUGAAAGAUUAUACUGCACAACAAUCCUUGUCACCAGGUAAACAACUUCUGUGUCACAUAAAGGAGAUUAAGACAAGUGAGAAUACAUCAACUAUUAAAUUAUCAGCAAAAUUGGGAUUAGUCGAAGCAAUAAGUAAUAUUGAAAUUAAAUCAUUGGAUAGCUUAAUGCCAGGAACAAACUUUAACUUACAUGUGAAAAAGACACUUUCUAAUGGAUUGUGUGUUUCCUUUGGUAAUAAUCAUGUAGGUUAUAUAAAUCAACUCUAUUUAAAGGAACCCUUAUCCAAAUAUUCGAAGGGAAUGAAAAUUACUGGUAAAUUACUUUACAUUUUACCAACUGUGAAAUUUGGAUACUUUAGUUUAUUAGCAAAUAAACCUAAAGAUAAUUCUAUAAAACCAGGAGAUAUUAUAGAAGAAGCAACUGUCUUAUUUAGAGAAUCUGCAGGAAUUGUAUUACAAUUAACAAAAACCGGGGUCCGAGGAUUUUUACCAUUGAAAAGAACAAAUUUUCGCUAUGAUAAAAUUCUUGAAAAAUUUGCACCUGGUAGCAUACAUAAGUGUAGAGUGAUAUCGUAUUGCUGGAUGGAUGGUACUUAUGUUUGUUCUAUGCAGCAUUCGUUAAUGCAAGAAAGAUAUUUUUCACUCUUAGAGUUUAAACCAGGUGACUUGGUAAAUGUGAAAAUUACAAAUAUAAAUAUGGAAAAUGGUUUUAUCGAUGUUCAAGCUGGUAAAAUUGUUGGCCAUAUUACGUCGGAUCAUAUAUCAGAUGCAGGAAUAAGCGCUUUAAAAGAAUUUAAAGUUGGUCAAGAAGUUGAAGGAAAAGUGUUAGCCAUUAGUAAUACACGGAAAAAAGUAUAUCUUACAUUAAAGAAAUCACUUUUAUCAAGCGAUCUACCUAUAUUAUAUGAUAUUGAAAUGGCAAAUAAAGGGUCCAUACACCAUGGUACCAUUAUUAAAAUAAAUAAAGGUGGUAUAAUGGUAAAAUUUUUUGGUGAGUUAAGAGGUUGGAUUCCCUAUUUUGCGUUGGACAAACAAGCAUCUGCUGAAAAUUGGAAUUAUUCUAUUGGACAAACGAUUAUGGUUCAGAUCGAAUCGGUAGACAAAAAUUCUGGAAGAAUAGAUUUAAGCAUACCAACUAAGAGAACAAUAAUAAAAGAAGAAAAGUUUGAAAUUGGGGAACACGUCGAAGGAACAAUUACAGAAUCAUCUAUCGAAGGUGUAUAUUUGAGAAUAAGUAAAAACGAUGGACAAACUGUUAGUACAGGAUUUUUACCUGCUGGACAUAUGUCGCCCUGUAUGAAAAUUGCUGCUUUAUUAGCAUCGAAAUGUAUUCCUGGAGAUACCCUGUCUGCCUUAGUGUUUGCCACAGAACCUAGUUUAAUUUUAACUAGAACUUUUUUACUUGAAGAAAAUUGUAGACAGUUUGAUCAAUUAAAAGUAGGUAACUCUAUACCUUGUUCGAUUAGAGACAUAGAACCGGAUGGUAUAAGAGUUAUAUUACCCAUUAAGGGAUGCUCACCAUUCGGAUAUGUCUCGUACAGUAAUGUCAGUCAUUUUAAUAUGUUGCACAGGCAUCAAAUUUUAUUUGCGAAAAUUACCUCCAUUAACAGAAAAGAUAAGCUACUAGGUUUGUCAUUAACAUUGAAAAAAAUAUUUGACGAACUAACCGAUCCUACAAGUAGAAUGAUGGUAUCGAUAGAUGCUUUACAUUUAUACUUUAAUAAAUUAGCAGAAUUAGCCAAAAAUCCUUACUAUGAAAAUAGACCCAUCUCAUCAGUUGCUUUAGGACAGAAAGUAGUAGGAAAAGUUGCACAAAUUACUGACGCUGGUAUUGUAGUUCAAUUAGAAAACAAUUUGUUAGGAGCAAUACGGAAAGAUCAUUGUGCUGGGAGUCCAAAAGUAGGAGAUACAGUCUCUGCAACAAUUCUCUGGAAGGAUUACAUCCUCGAAACUGUUGAGAUGACAAUGUUACCUUCUUUAAUGAAAGCUAUAAAUAUAAAGCAAAAUAAACAGGUACACAUUCCUGAUGGGAAAGUAGUCCGCGGAAAAAUUUUAAUGGUAACAAACUGGUUUACUUUAAUUAUUUUAAAAGGACAUGGUAAAGGUUUAUUGGCAGCAGUGCCUGUUCGGCGUCAUACAAAUGAUAUACAACCAGAUGUAUCACCCUAUUUUGUUCAUGCAAAAAUCAGGUGUUACGUAAUAUUACAUUCCAGUCAAUCGGAUAUUAUGCCUAUUUGUAUGAUGAAGUCUGCAUUUGAAUCAAAAUAUAUUGCCGAAACAAAACCAGUUAAAGACACUUUAAAGAGAAAGAAAGUGCAACAGACAAAUGACGAACCAUCUGUUAAAAAGAUAAAGACCGAAGAACCUCAGGAAACUGUUGAAGUUCCAUCUAAAAAGAAAAAUAGUAAAAAACACAUAUCGGAAGACAUAAACGAAGAAACUUCAAAUAAAAAGAAAAUUAAACAGAAAAAAGAAAAAGGAUCGAAGAAAAUUGAAGAAGAGAAUGAUCUAACAGAAACAAGAAUUAUUGUAGAAAGAUCAAGUGAUGGUGAUAAAAGAGAAAAGCCCAGGAUACCAGAGUGUGGAUUCUUCUGGGACGAGAAACCUGAUUUGAAUCUGCUUAAAAAUGAAGAAUCGUCUAGCGAUAGCGAGGUUGAAACGGAACAGCAACCGAAACAGAAAAAGAAAAAACUAAACGCCGCUGAGCGAAGAGAACAGGAAAAACAGAAAGAACGUGAAAUUCGUCAGAGGGAGGAAGCACUCGCCAGUAAUACAUUGCCAAAUUCUGUUGACCAAUUUGAUAGAUUGGUUUUAGCAAGUCCGGACAGUUCAAUAAUUUGGUUACAAUACAUGGCAUAUCAUUUACAGACAACAGAAAUCGAAAAAGCAAGAGCUGUUGCAAGAAGGGCUGUCAAAACAAUCAGCUUUAGGGAAGAGAAUGAAAGAUUAAAUGUAUGGAAUGCUUGGUUAAAUUUAGAAUCGAAAUUUGGAACACCCGAAUCAUUGAAUGACGUAUUCCAAGAGGCAGUGAGGACCAACGAUUCAUUGAAAGUGUACACGCAUAUGUUAACAGUGCACUUUGAGGCUGAGAGGCAAAAUGAAUUAGAAAAAAUAAUUAACACCAUGCUUGGUAAAUUUAAGCAGAAUCCUGACGUAUGGAUCAAUUGUGGUACGGUGCUGUUAAAAAUGGGUUUGAAAGAUAAAUCAAGGCAUAUUAUGCAAAGGGCACUACAGUCUUUGCCGCCAUCACAACAUGUAAAUUUGAUGGCAAAGUUUGCGCUUCUGGAGAACAAAUUUGGAGAUAAACCAAGGUCUCAGACGUUGUUCGAGCAAAUCCUGAGUUCUUAUCCCAAGCGUGUUGACAUAUGGUCAUGUUACAUAGACUCAUUAAUCAAAUCAGAAGACAUCGACAUUGCAAGGAAAGUAUUGGAGCGAGCAGUUGUCCAAACGCUACCCCCAAGAAAAAUGAAGACUUUGUUUAAGAAGUUCAUCAGCUUUGAAGAACAAUAUGGCACGCGACAGAAUAUUGAUCGUGUUCAGCAGAUGGCCGCCGAAUACGUAGAGAAACAAUGUAACAAGAACUAAUCAUCUCUAACAACCUAAAUUCAAAAUAAAUUCAUUUCACACGUGUACACCUAUGAAUCAUCA